AUGACAUCGCCCAAGACCGUCAAAGAAGCCCAGAAACUCGUAGGAAGGAAUGUGGCACUCAAUAAGUUCGUCUCUAAGGCAACGGACAAGUGCUUACCCUUCUUCAAGACAUUGAAGCAAGCUUUCGCUUGGAAUGAAGAAUGCGAGGCAGCGUUUCAGGAACUUAAAUGUUACCUAAGCAAUCCACCCCUCUUGAGUCCAUCCAAGGAAGGGGAAAACUUAUAUUUGUAUCUGGCAAUAUCAGCCACGGCCGUGAGUGCAGCCCUGAUUCGAGAAGAGGGCAAGAUGCAACUCCCAGUUUACUACGUCAAUCAAGCUUUCCAAGGUUCUGAGGCCAAGUACCCAAGGAUCGAGAAGAUUGCAUUUGCGUUAAUAGUUGCCUCGCGCAAACUACGACCAUACUUUCAGGUGAACCCUAUCCUAGUGAUGACAGAUCAACCCAUCAAGAAGUCCAUGAACAAGCCUAAAGCAGCAAGGAGAAUGGUCCAGUGGGCAAGUGAACUCAGCCAGUUCGACAUUGAGUACCACCCCAGGACAACCAUUAAGAGGGGGAGAGUAGGGGUUGUUAUAACCGCCCCUGACGGAGAAGUGCUCAAAUACGGAGUUCAACUGAAAUUCCCGGCCAUCAAUAACAAGGCCGAGUACAAAGGAAUACUAACGGGAUUGAGACUCGAGAAGGCACUCAGAGCUAAGAACCUACUAGUCCAAAUUGAUUCAAAGCUGGUGAUAGGGCAGAUUAAGGAAGAAUAUGAAGCAAAGGAGGAAAGAAUGCAGAAAUACCUCAUGCUGACGAAGCAUCUAACUCGGGAAUUCGAUAAAGUAGAAUUUGUGCAGAUCCCCAGAAACCAGAACAUGGUAGUGGACGAAGUCGCGAAGCUAGCAUCGUCGGAAGAAGGAGCGAUGAGCAUGGGCUUGGUGAUGGAAGUCCAGAAACGCCCUAGCAUCGAGGAGAUCUCCAUAUUUGCAGUCCAGAGCAUAGGUAGCUGGAUGACACCAAUCAUAUCCUUUCUCCAGGAUGGGCACCUCCCUCAAGACAUCAAAGAGGCCAAGAAGGCCAAGAAGAGAGUAGCCAUGUUCACGAUCUUGAAUGACACGCUAUACAAGAGAGGCUUUUCCAUGCCUUACCUAAAGUGUGUGGAUGAAGAAGAAGCCAAAUAUAAUCUAGAAGAGAUCUAUGAAGGAGUUUGCGGAGACCAUGUAGGCCCCAGAUCACUGGUAAGCAAAAUUAUCAAAACAGGUUAUUUCUGGCCCACAAUUCAGGUAGAUGCAAGGGAGCUCAUCAAGAAGUGCGACAAGUGCCAAAGGUUCGGGAUUCCAUGGACGAUCAUAUCAGAUAAUGGGCAGCAGCUCGAUAACCAAAACUUCAAGGACUUUUGUUCAGGCCUAGGGAUUAAGAACCAGUUCUCAUCCCCGGGACAUCCACAGGAAAACGGGCAGAUGGAGGUGACGAAUCAGACACUACUCAAGAUUAUCAAGGCCAAAUUAGAUGACGCAAAGGGUGCCUGGCCGAAAGAAUUGCCUAACAUCUUGUGGGCGUAUAGGACCACUGCAAGAACCCCAAUAGGAGAAACCCCCUUCAAACUCACCUAUGGCACCGAGGCAGUAAUCCCGGUCGAGGUAGGAAUAACCAGCAUCAGGCGAGAGAUGUUCCAAGAGGAUAAUAAUGACGACCAGCUACGAGUUAACCUAGAUUGUCUAGACGAAGUGAGAGAGAAAUCCUCCGACAAAAUGACAAAGUACCAGCAGAUUAUGGCCGAGUACUAUAACAAGAGAGUGAAGCUCAGACGACUUGACGUAGGAGACCUCGUCCUACGCAAGGUCACCCCAACAACUAAAGACUCUGCUUAA